ACCGUUUCUUCAGUGCAGCCAAAGUGAAACACGGAAAGCUACGGAGCGCACGAGGUAGCAUUAGCUCCUUUUAGAAGGUAGUUUGAAAACAGGUUUGGUGAUUUUGGUAAAUAUUUCCGUGUUUGCGGUAAAAAUGUCUUCAGUUCAGCCUCAGAGAGCGUUUAUCAACGAGCAGGUAACUCCUGCUGAAGAAACAUUCACAGAGUUGAAAGAAAUCAACGUUAAGAUCGAGAAAGAGAUGGAGGAUCAGCGCAGACUGAUGGAUUUUACUCGGAUACCGAAGAUCAUCUUACACCGGAUAGAUCUCCCACAAUGCUGUGCGUUUAAAGAGGAGGAGGUUCUCAAUGAAACAGAACCACAGAAGAACCAACUCAUCUCUGAUGACUCUCCAGAAACUGAGAACCAGGAACAGGAAGGAAGCAAUUCUGAAAACCCAGGAAAAAAGAGAAAGGCAGAAACGAAACAAAAGGAGAAAUAUAAGAAAACCAAAGAGCAGAAAGGAAGAACCGACACUGAAAAACAAAAAACACACAAGAAAGCUCACACAGGGCAAAAAUUAUAUUCUUGUAAAAUUUAUGAUAAAACGUUGUCUCGACACAAUCGCAUCAUGAGACACAUGAGAAUUCACACAGGUGAGAAGCCUUUUUCCUGUGGGUCCUGUGGAAAGAGUUUUUCUCGAAAACACCUUCUACAUUCUCAUAUGAGAAUUCACACAGGUGAGAAACCUUUCUCCUGUGCGUCCUGUGGAAAGAAGUUCAGUGAAAGAUGUACUUUAUCUCGGCACAUGAGAAUUCACACAGGUGAGAAGCCUUUUUCCUGUGGAUCCUGUGGAAAGAGUUUUUCUCGAAAAAACCUUCUAAAUUCUCAUAUGAGAAUUCACACAGGUGAGAAGCCUUUCUCCUGUGCGUCCUGUGGAAAGAAGUUCAGUGAAAGACAGAAUUUAACUGUUCACAUUAGAAUUCACACAGGUGAGAAGCCUUUCUCCUGUGCGUCCUGUGGAAAGAAGUUCAGUGAAAGACGGACUUUAACUGUUCACAUUAGAAUUCACACAGGUGAGAAGCCUUUUUCCUGUGGGUCCUGUGGAAAGAGUUUUUCUCGAAAACACCUUCUACAUUCUCAUAUGAGAAUUCACACAGGUGAGAAGCCUUUCUCCUGUGGGAUCUGUGGAAAGAAUUACAGUGAAAGAUGUACUUUAUCUCAGCACAUGAGGAUUCACUCAGACUAGAAGCUUUAGGAACGAAACAUAUUCGAUUCAUUUUUUUGCAUCCGAUACAAAGGAAAAUUUGUUUAAACACAAGUAUAAAAUGUUAAAGUCAACAGAUUCUUGCAGGCUGCUAGUGAUUCGCUGUGACUGUGUCUUUAACUGUCUGACCAAGAUCAACCUGAGGUCUACUUUUACCUACCAGAUUGUUUUCUUUCAUCCAGUUUUUAGUUUUACCUCUCAGUCGUAUUUGUACUUAAGUUCCCAUCAGUAUCCCAUUAGAUACUGAAGUUAAAGAGAGGAACACAUUCAGACAGGAUUCAUUUCUGUGCAUUUCAGUUUUCAUGGAGUUCUGUACCAUGUAGAAUAAUUGAGUUUAUCUUUUACAUUUUUGACGUUUCUGUGUAUGACUGGAUGUAAAAUACUUUAGAAGUAGAAGCAGUGAAAUGUUCUUGUUUUUCCAUAAAUAAAACUCUAUAAUGUUUGUUUGAAAAAAAAAUCCUCAUUAAUAAUUUUGAUCUGGUCAGAUUUUGAUUUAGAGCUAACCAUAGAGAGGUUUUUAUUUUCCCAAAUUUUUGUCAUUGUUAUACUUUGUUAUGAGAAGCAAAGUAUGUUAUCAAAAAGGUAUGUUUAAAUCUUCACUAGUAUUUUGAGCAGAAUAUGUUUUUUAAUAAAUGUUAACUUGAA